CAUCGGGGUGAUGGACCGCUGCUGGACUCUGUGAGGAGUCGGGAUAUAAACUUUCCCAAACUGAGGACGCAGCGUUUAGGAAAAUACAGCGGACACUUUUCCUUCAACUUCACCCGAACGAGGUGGUGGAGUGGUUGCCAUGGUGGACAAAAUGUCAAGCUUCCUGCACACUGGGGACGUGUGCUCCCUGUAUGCCGAAGGCUCAACCAGUGGCUUCCUAAGCACACUUGGGUUGGUUGAUGACCGAUGUGUUGUCCAACCAGACGCAGGGGAUCUGAAUAACCCACCAAAGAAGUUUAGGGACUGUCUGUUCAGACUGUGUCCCAUGAACAGAUACUCGGCACAAAAACAGUUCUGGAAAGCUGCCAAACCUGGAGGAACCAGCACCACAGACACAGUUCUGCUCAACAAACUCCAUCAUGCUGCUGAAUUAGAGAAAAAACAAAAUGAAUCAGAGAACAAAAAGCUUCUAGGAACAGUUAUUCAGUACGGCAACGUCAUCCAGCUUCUUCAUCUAAAGAGUAAUAAGUAUCUGACAGUGAAUAAGCGUUUGCCGGCUCUUCUGGAGAAGAAUGCCAUGCGUGUGACUCUGGAUGCUGCAGGGAAUGAAGGCUCUUGGUUUUACAUCCAACCUUUCUACAAGCUCCGCUCUAUAGGUGACAAUGUGGUUAUUGGAGAUAAGGUUGUGUUAAACCCAGUAAACGCUGGACAGCCGCUUCACGCCAGUGGCCAUCAGCUUGUGGAUAAUCCUGGAUGCAAUGAAGUGAAUUCAGUGAACUGCACCACCAGUUGGAAAAUUGUUCUCUUCAUGAAAUGGAGCGACAACCAGGAGGUUGUCUUGAAAGGAGGCGAUGUAGUCAGACUGUUCCAUGCCGAGCAAGAGAAGUUUUUAACGUGUGAUGAACACAGAAAAAAGCAGUAUGUGUUCUUGCGUACCACUGGGCGCCAGUCUGCAACAUCUGCUACCAGCAGCAAAGCACUCUGGGAGGUAGAGGUAGUUCAGCAUGAUCCGUGCAGAGGUGGGGCAGGCUAUUGGAACAGCCUCUUUAGAUUCAAACAUUUGGCGACUGGCCAUUACCUUGCUGCAGAGCUGGACUCCGAGCAUGAAGUGACGCGGGCACGUGCACGGAACCCUAAGGAUAAGGUUAUUUACACACUAGUGUCUGUUCCUGACGGCAAUGACAUCUCGUCUAUUUUUGAGCUCGACCCCACCACACUGAGAGGGGGAGACUCACUUGUGCCUAGGAACUCAUAUGUGAGGCUCAGACAUCUCUGCACCAAUACCUGGGUCCACAGCACCAACCAGCCAAUAGACAAAGAUGAAGAGAAACCAGUCAUGCUAAGAAUAGGAACAUCUCCUCUAAAAGAAGAUAAAGAGGCCUUUGCCAUUGUGCCUGUGUCUCCAGCUGAGGUCAGGGAUCUGGAUUUUGCUAAUGAUGCCAGUAAAGUGUUAGCUUCCAUUGCAGCUAAACUUGAAAAGGGCACCAUUACGCAGAAUGAGAGGAGAUCAGUGACGAAGCUGCUGGAGGAUCUGGUUUAUUUUGUAGUGGACAUUCCUAGCAGUGCUCAGGAUGUGCUGGAGAUCACAGUCAACAAACCCAACAGAGAGCGGCAGAAACUCAUGAGAGAGCAGAACAUCCUCAAACAGAUCUUUAAGCUGUUGCAGGCCCCGUUCACUGACAGUGGAGACGGCCCUAUGCUGCGAUUGGAGGAGCUUGCAGAUCAACGCCACGCCCCCUUUCGUCACAUUUGUCGGCUCUGCUACAGAGUCCUGCGUCAUUCACAGCAAGAUUAUAGGAAAAAUCAGGAGUACAUAGCAAAGCAGUUCCGCUUUAUGCAGAAACAGAUAGGAUAUGAUGUUCUUGCUGAAGACACCAUCACAGCUCUGCUGCACAACAACAGAAAGCUCUUAGAGAAACACAUCACUGCUGCUGAGAUAGACACAUUCGUCAGUCUAGUGCGCAAGAACAGAGAGCCCAGAUUUCUGGACUACUUGUCAGAUCUAUGUGUUUCGAUGAAUAAGUCCAUUCCUGUCACUCAAGAGCUCAUCUGUAAUGCUGUGCUGGACCCAACCAAUGCAGACAUCCUCAUCGAAACCAAGCUUGUGUUGUCACGGUUCGAGGUGACAGGAACAGUGCUAGGAGAGAGCGCAGAGGAGGAAGAGGAGGAUGAAGAAGAGGUGUGGUUGUUCUGGAAGGACAGUAGAGGAGAGGUGAAGAGCAAGAGCAUCAGAGAACUUGCUCAGGAUGCCAAAGAGGGACAUACAGAGGACCAGGAAGUUAUCAAUUAUUACAGGUAUCAACUGAAUUUAUUUGCACGAAUGUGUCUGGAUCGUCAGUACUUGGCCAUUAACAAGAUAUCAGCACAACUGGAUGUGGACCUGAUUUUGCGCUGCAUGUCAGAUGAAGAUUUGCCCUUUGAUCUUAGGGCCUCAUUCUGCCGCAUGAUGCUGCACAUGCACGUGGACCGUGACCCUCAGGAGCAGGUCACGCCUGUCAAAUAUGCUCGACUGUGGUCUGAAAUCCCUUCACAAAUUGCCAUUGACGAUUAUGAUAAUGACGGGACAUCACGUGAUGAAGUGAAGGAGUGCUUCUCUCAGACAAUGGAGUUUGUGGAGAAUUACCUGCGGGAUGUUGUGUGCCAGAAUUUCCUGUUCUCUGACAAGGAGAAAAACAAGCUCACUUUUGAGGUGGUGAACCUGGCGAGAAACCUGAUCUAUUUUGGCUUCUACAACUUCAGUGACCUGUUGAGGUUGACCAAAAUCUUGCUGGCCAUCCUGGACUGUGUUCAUAUCAUCACCCCCUUCACCAUCAAGCCGGACAGAGAGCCUGGAAAAGGAAGUGUGAUGCGGUCCAUACAUGGGGUGGGAGAGCUGAUGACACAGGUGGUGUUUUCGGCUGGAUUUCUGCCAGCUACAGCCCACAACCCACCUGACAGAGAUGAAGUUAAAGCCCAAACUGAACCUCAGAAACAAGACAUACUGGUGAUGGACACCAAACUGAAGAUCAUUGAGAUCCUACAGUUCAUUCUGAAUGUGCGGUUGGACUACAGGAUCUCCUGCCUGCUCUGUAUCUUUAAGACAGAGUUUGAUGAGAGCACUUCUCAGACAGAGCCAUCUGUAAACCAGGACUCUCCUGCCAGUGUUCAAGGUGCGCUGGAUUUUGAGCACAUUGAAGAGCAGGCAGAAGGGAUUUUUGGAGGAAGUGAAGAGAACACUCCAUUGGAUCUUGAUGAUCAUGGUGGCCGGACAUUUUUGAGGGUUCUGUUGCACCUGACCAUGCACGAGUAUCCUCCGCUGGUGUCAAGAGCCCUACACCUGCUUUUCCGACACUUCAGCCAAAGGCAGGAGGUCUUACAGGCCUUCAAACAGGUUCAGCUCUUGGUGACCAGUCAGGAUGUGGAGAAUUACAAACAGAUCAAGUCAGAUCUGGACCAGCUGAGGUCUAUAGUAGAGAAAUCAGAGCUGUGGGUGUAUAAGAGACAGGGGUCAGACUCAGGGCUCAACACAGUAGAGGUCAAUGCUGAAACUCACCACAAGGGAGACAAAAACUCAAAUAGAUCUUACAAACCUAAAGUGGAGAGCACCAGCAGCUCAAACUACAGAGUUGUGAAGGAGAUCUUGCUAAGGCUGAGUAAAUUGUGUGUUUUGGAGGGCAUCUCUGGCAAGAAGAAUAAGAAACAGCAACAACGGCUCCUCAGGAACAUGGGAGCUCACAGUGUGGUGCUGGAACUCCUGCAGAUCCCAUAUGAGAAGGGGGUGGAUGUUCAGAUGCAGGAGAUAAUGACUUUAGCCCAUCAAUUCCUGCAGAACUUCUGUGCUGGAAACCAACAGAACCAGGCACUCCUACACAAACACAUUAACCUGUUCCACAACCCGGGGAUUCUGGAGGCGGUGACCAUGCAACAUAUCUUUAUGAAUAAUUUCCAGUUGUGCAGUGAGAUUAACGAGCGAGUUGUGCAGCACUUUAUGCACUGCAUCGAGACACAUGGCCGCAGUGUGCACUACCUCAAAUUCCUGCAGACGAUCGUCAAGGCUGAGAACAAGUUUAUCAAGAAAUGCCAAGACAUUGUCAUGGCUGAGCUGGUGACAGCAGGUGAGGAUGUGCUGGUGUUCUAUAAUGACAGAGCAUCUUUUCAAUCAUUGGUCCAAAUGAUGCGUCUUGAGAGGGAACGGCAAGAUGAGAACAGUGCACUCAGGUAUCAUGUCCACUUGGUGGAGUUGCUGGCUGUGUGCACUGAAGGGAAGAAUGUCUACACUGAGAUCAAGUGUAACUCACUGCUCCCCCUCGAUGAUAUUGUACGUGUGGUCACGCAUGAGGACUGCAUCCCUGAGGUGAAGAUAGCCUAUGUGAACUUCCUGAAUCACUGCUAUGUGGACACAGAAGUUGAGAUGAAGGAGAUUUACACCAGUAAUCACAUGUGGAAACUGUUCGACGAUUUCCUGGUGGACAUCUGCAGAGUAUGCAAUAACACAAGUGACCGAAAGCAUGCUGACACAGUUCUGGAACACUAUGUCACAGACACCAUCAUGAGCAUCAUCACCACCUUUUUCAGCUCACCAUUCUCAGACCAAAGCACUAGCCUGCAGACCCGACAGCCAGUGUUUGUGCAGCUGCUGCAGGGAGUUUUCCGUGUGUAUCACUGCAACUGGCUGCUCCCAAGUCAGAAGGGCAAUGUUGAGGCAUGCAUUAAAGUGCUGAGUGAUGUGGCUAAAGGCAGAGCCAUAGCUAUUCCAGUGGAUCUGGACUGUCAAGUGAACAAUCUAUUCAUGAAGUCCAACAGCAUUGUUCAGAAAACAGCCCUCAGCUGGAGACUGUCCGUCCGCAACGCUACACUCAGAGAUUCCGUUCUGACCACCUCCAGAGACUACCGCAACAUCAUUGAAAGGCUCCAGGAUAUAGUGUCUGCUUUGGAGGAGCGGUUGAGGCCUUUGGUUCAGGCUGAGCUGUCUGUAUUGGUGGAUGUUCUGCAUCGGCCAGAACUGCUAUUCCCAGAACACACUGAAGCUCAUCGCAAGUGUGAGAGUGGAGGAUUCAUCUGCAAGUUAAUAAAACAUACCAAGCAACUUCUGGAGGAAAAUGAGGAGAGGCUUUGUAUCAAAGUCCUGCAGACACUCAGAGAGAUGAUGACCAAAGACAGAGGAUAUGGGGAGAAGCUCAUGGGAUUUGAUGAUGAGAUGGAUGCCACUGAGGUAGUGGAUGUCAGUCUGCCACCCAAACAGCUGGAGGAACAGAGGAGGGGGGAGGCUCUGCGGCAGCUGCUUGUCAAUAGGUACUAUGGCUUCAGGAGUGGUGGGCGGAGAGAGAGUCUGACCUUCAGUAACUCCACCCUGACACCUGUUGGACCAAUCAAGAGCCAGUCGGGGGGUUUGAGCAGAGCCGAGAUGUCACUAAUGGAGGUACAGUGUCAUCUGGACCGUGAGGGGGCUUCUGACCUGGUCAUCGAUCUCAUCAUGAAUACUACCAGCGACCAUGUCUUCCAUGAGAGCAUUCUAUUGGCCAUUGCACUGCUGGAGGGCGGGAACACCAUCAUACAGCAUUCCUUCUUCAAACGUUUAACAGAAGACAAGAAUUCUGAAAAGUUUUUCCGAGUUUUUUAUGAUAGAAUGAAGGCAGCACAGCUGGAGAUCAAAGCCACAGUUUCCGUCAACACCAGCGACCUGGGAAACAAGCGGUGUGAUGACAACGCUCCAGACAAAGAUAGCCCACAACGGUGGCGAGGAAAGGAUUCAGGUAUCAUAGUGACAGAUGAUGCUCGUGAGCAGCUGUUAGAGGCAUCUUCUGUGACCAAGAAAGCCUUUGGUUCAUAUCGGCGAGAUGCUGAUCCUGAAGAAGUUUACGGCACUGCAGAUGGAGACAAGGGGGGCGGAGAUAAAGGGACAGAGCAGGGAGAAAUGAGCCCUGUCAUUCUCAUCAUGCAACCAAUCCUGCGCUUCUUACAGCUGCUAUGUGAGAACCACAAUCGAGACCUGCAGAAUUUUCUGCGCUGUCAAAACAACAAGAACAACUAUAACCUGGUGUGUGAGACCCUGCAGUUUCUGGACUGUAUCUGUGGCAGCACAACAGGAGGUUUGGGGCUGUUGGGCCUCUAUAUCAAUCAGCAUAAUGUGGCUCUAAUUAAUCAGACUGUAGAGAGCCUCACUGAAUACUGUCAAGGACCCUGCCAUGAUAACCAGAAUUGUAUCGCCACUCAUGAGUCAAAUGGCAUUGAUAUCAUCAUUGCUUUGAUUUUGAAUGAUAUUAAUCCACUGGGCAGGAAGAGAAUGGACCUAGUUCUGGAGCUAAAGAAUAAUGCAUCUAAGCUACUGCUGGCCAUCAUGGAGAGUCGUCAUGACAGUGAGAAUGCAGAAAGAAUCCUCUACAACAUGAGACCAAAAGAGCUGGUGGAGGUGAUGAAAAUGGCCUACCAACAGGGGGAGACAGAGUUUGAGGAUGAGAAACAGGAGACCGGAGAGGACCAUGCUGCCUCACCUUGCAAUGUUGGACACAACAUCUAUAUACUUGCACAUCAGCUAUCCCGUCACAAUAAGGAGUUGCAAAUACUACUGAAACCAGGUGGAGAGGACCAGGCCCUGGAGUAUUACACUAAACACACCGCACAGAUUGAGAUAGUCCGUCAGGAUCGCACUAUGGAGCAGAUUGUGUUUCCUGUACCAAACAUCUGCUCUUUUCUGACAAACGAGUCCAAACUGCGUGUGUAUUACGGCACAGAGAGAGACGAACAGGGCAGUAAGAUAAAUGACUUCUUCCUGCACGCAGACGACCUCAUCACUGAGAUGAGGUGGCAGAAAAUACUAAGAGCACAGCCAGUUCUGUACUGGUGUAGUCGGAACAUGUCUUUCUGGAGUAAUGUAUCUUUUAACCUGGCUGUUCUCAUUAAUCUGCUGGUAGCGUUCUUCUACCCUCUGGAUGGAGUAAGCGACAGUCCACUGGAUCCCUCUCUUUCUCUCUUGCUUUGGGUGAGUCUGUUGGGCUCAUUGGGGUUUGUGUUGAUGUCACCGAGGCCGAACGCAGUUAGAGUUCUGGUCAUCUCCACUGUUCUGCAGCUGGGCUUCUCAGUGGGGCUGCAACAUAUGCUUACACUGCUGGGAGCUUUUAAUGUGUGCAAUAAGAUAGUGUUCAUGCUGAGUUUUGUGGGUAACCGGGGGACAUUCACUCGUGGUUACCGGGUGAUGGUGUUGGACAGAGAGUUCCUGUUUCAUCUGCUUUAUCUUCUCAUCUGCACUUUGGGCCUUUUUGGACACGUCUUCUUUUACAGUCUACUGUUGUUUGACCUGGUGAACAGGGAGGAGACUCUUUUGAAUGUAAUCAAGAGUGUGACACGAAACGGUCGCUCUAUCGUGCUGACAGCUGUACUGGGUCUCAUCCUGGUCUACCUCUUCUCCAUUGUGGGAUAUAUGUUCUUUAAAGAUGAUUUUAUCCUGGAGGUGAACCACAUCCACAACAACACUCUGGAGGAGGGAGUUAACCUGGCCUCAGGUUUCCUUUCUGAGGGGGUCAGCAGAGUGAAAAAUGGGUCAUGUCUGUCUGUGGAUGAUGAAGAGGAUGAUGUUGAGCGAGCAUGUGAUUCACUAUGGAUGUGUAUGAUUACUGUACUGAGCCACGGUCUCAGGAGUGGUGGUGGAGUUGGAGAUGUUCUGCGCAAGCCGUCUAAAGAGGAGCAUCUGUUUGCUGCACGGGUCGUUUAUGACCUGCUGUUCUUCUUCCUGGUGAUCAUCAUUGUGUUGAAUCUAAUCUUUGGUGUCAUCAUUGACACAUUUGCUGACUUGAGAAGUGAGAAGCAGAGGAAAGAGGAGAUCUUAAAGACCACAUGCUUCAUCUGCGGUCUGGAGAGAGAUAAAUUUGAUAAUAAAACAGUAACGUUUGAGGAGCACAUUAAAGAAGAGCACAACUUGUGGCACUAUCUGUUCUUUAUUGUACUGGUGCGGGUCAAAGACUCCACUGAAUACACGGGCCCUGAGAGCUACGUUGCUCAGAUGAUCAAGGAGCACAAUCUAGACUGGUUUCCACGUAUGAGGGCCAUGUCACUGGUCAGCAGUGAUGGAGAGGGUGAGCAGAAUGAACUGCGCAGUCUGCAGGAGAAACUAGAGUCCACAAUGAGGCUGGUCUCCAACCUGACCAAUCAGCUCACAGAGCUCAAAGAGCAGAUGACUGAACAGAGAAAACACAAGCAGCGGAUUGGUCUGCUGGGAAACCCCGCCCACCUCAACAUGAACCCACAGCAGCCGGCAUGAGAGGUGGAACCAGAGGACAGACUGGGGCAUCAUUAAAGCAAGCAUUUGCUCAUGGACGGCAGCACAUUCAGUGUAUAAUUUACGGCAGUGGUUCUCAAACUUUUUGACUCCAAGGCCCCACAUUGUCAGAGGAAAUAUUUGAAGGCACCCCCCACCCCCCAUGUAGGCUAUUAGAUAUUUAUAUUAUAAGAUAUAUCUUGUAAGAUAUUUCCUUAAAACUUGUGAUUCCAGAGUUAUUACAUUUUUAGCAUUUUCAGUAAGUUGAAUUAUAAUAAUUAUAUAAUAAUAAUAACCUAUCAUAUUUUAAAUAAUAUUAAGAGAUCUUGGAGGCCCCCCUGGAAGUGUGCUGAGGCCCCCAGUGGGUCCCGACUCCCUGGUUGAGAACCACUGAUUUACGGUACGCAUAAACACAAGUUACUUACCCAUCAGUGUGCACUCACUUGAGGACAAUUGAAAAUAAAAUUUUAAGUGCAAAAUUAUUUUUUUUUUAGCACUGACAUUAUCACUUCAAAAGAACCUUUUAACUGUAUGAAAAAUUAUUAUAGGAUGCUUUCACAUCUGUGUAAUAAUGUUGAGUAUUUCUCAGAAAUACAGUUGAAGUCAGAAGUUUACAUACACUUAGGUUGAAGUCAUUGAAACUCAUUUUUUAACCACUCCACAGGUUUCAUAUUAGCAAACUAUAGUUUUGGCAAGCCGUUUAGGACAUCUACUUUGUGCAUGACACAAGUAAUUUUUCCAACAAUUGUUUACAAACAGAUUGUUUCACUUUUAAUUGACUAUCACAAUUCCAGUGGGUCAGUUUACAUACACUAAGAUGACUGUGCCUUUAAGCAGCUUGGAAAAUUCCAGAAAAUGAUGUCAAGCCUUCAGACAAUUAGCUUCUGAUAGGAGGUGUACUGAAUUGGAGGUGUACCUGUGGAUGUAUUUUAAGUCCAACCUUCAAACUCAGUGCCUCUUUGCUUGGCAUGGGAAAAUCAAAAGAAAUCAGCCAAGACCUCGGAAAAAAAAUUGUGGACCUCCACAAGUCUGGUUCAUGCUUGGGAGCAAUUUCCAAAAGCCUUAAGGUACUGUGUUCAUCUGUACAAACAAUAGUACGCAAGUAUAUACACCAUGGGACCACGCAGCCAUCAUACCGCUCAGGAAAGAGACGCGUUCUGUCUCCUAGAGAUGAAUGUAGUUUGGUGCUAAAAAUGCAAAUCAAUCGCAAAACAACAGCAAAGGACCUUGUUAAGAUGCUGGAGGAAACAGGUUGACAAGUAUCUAUAUCCACAGUAAAACGGGUCCUAUAUUGACAUAACCUGAAAGGCUGCUCAGCAAGGAAGAAGCCACUGCUCCAAAACCACCAUAAAAAAUGCCAGACAACAGUUUGCAAGUGCACAUGGGGACAAAUAUCUUACUUUUUGGAGAAAUGUCCUCUGGUCUGAUGAAACAAAAAUUGAACUGUUUGGCCAUAAUGACCAUCGUUAUGUUUGGAGGAAAAAGGUUGAGGCUUGGAAGCCGAAGAACACCAUCCCAACCAUGAAGCAUGGGGGUGGCAGCAUCAUGUUGUGGGGGUGCUUUGCUGCAGGAGGGACUGGUGCACUUCACAAAAUAGAUGGCAUCAUGAGGAAGGAAAAAUAUGUGGAUAUAUUGAAGCAACAUCUCAAGACAUCAGCCAGGAAGUUAAAGCUCCGUCACAAAUGCAACCACAAGCAUACCUCCAAAGUUGUGGCAAAAUGGCUUAAGCACAAUAAAGUCAAGGUAUUUGAGUGGUCAUCACAAAACCCUGACCUCAGUCCGAUAGAAGAUUUGAGGGCAGAACUGAAAUGUGUGUGCGAGCAAGGAGGCCUACAAACCUGACACAGUUACACCAGUUCUGUCUGGAGGAAUGGGCCAAAAUUCCAGCAGCUUAUUGUGAGAAGCGUGUGGAAGGCUACCCAAAAUGUUUGACCCAAGUUAAACAAUUUAAAAGGCAAUGCUACCAAAUACUAACAAAGUGUAUGUAAACUUCUGACCCACUGGGAAUGUGAUGAAAGAAAUAAAAGCUGAAAUAAAUAAUUCUCUCUACUAUUAUUCUGACAUUUCACAUUCUUAAAAUAAAGUAGUGAUCCUGACUGACCUAAAACAGGGAAUGUUUUCUACAAUUAAAUGUCAGGAAUUGUGAAAAACUGAUUUUUUUUUAUUUUUUAUUUUUUUAUUUGGAAUGCCCAAUUCCCUAUGUGUCCCAAACACCUGUGCAAAACAGUUUUUAAACAGUCUCUUUUUGGGAAUAUGUCUGCCAUAAGGCUGCAUAAACAUAAAUAAAUCACUUAGAGCCAGUGCUAGUUGACUUUUAGAAUGAUUUAAUGUCCGAACUCCCAAAACAUAUCACAUUGUGUGUCUAAUUUGAGAACAAUAAGCUUUCAAACAUUAGCAUAGUCAGCUGAACUCAGACUGACAAGACCCUCAAAACAGAUUAAUUACAAAUUCACAGAGCCCUUUUCACUUGGUUCUCAGAAGUGCUCUUCAAAUAAUAGAAAAACAUAAAAAAAGUCCAGUUAUUGAACAUAAUGAUCAUAAUAGAGAUGAAAACAUUUCACUCUAUCUCUAUAAACAUUGUAGACUGUAGAGUAAACCAAAGAUAAACUUUAAGCACAUAUCAAUCGAUUUCAAAAGUACAAUAAAGUAUAUGCUAUUGUGCAAAAAAAAAGAAAAAAUAAAUUAGCCUGCUGUUGUAACAAGGCUUUAAAAAUGUAAACAUUGUUUUUGGCUUUUGCAGGAAAUGUAUUGGAGGUAAUAUAUUUUAAGCUCCAUGGCAACACUUAGUGCUUCCUAAACAGACUUUUCUGGACACUUUCAAUUGUUCAGCAAAGCACACAGCGUCUCAAUCUCUACAUCAUGGAUCACAAUUCAGAUAGAAUCACCAGCCAUUAGUUUGCGCCUUUAUAAAUUAAAUGGUUCCUCCAACAAUCAAAUGCUUUUGAUGAACUGCAAUAUUUAGCUGAUUUCAGAAACACUGUACAAAGUAAAGUUCAAGUGCACUGAUAAAUUCGCAGUCGUUUUAUAAUUCAAUAAAUGUAUU